AUGGUGAAAGACACGAAAUUCUAUGAUGUUUUGGGGGUACCCCCGACGGCCUCAGAGGCCCAACUGAAGACUGCAUAUAAAAAAGGUGCCUUGAAAUAUCACCCAGAUAAGAACGCAUCCAAUCCGGAGGCGGCCGAUAAAUUCAAAGAGCUUUCUCAUGCCUACGAAAUUCUUUCCGACUCCCAAAAACGUCAAAUAUACGAUCAAUAUGGCGAGGAAGGCCUAGAGGGUGCCGGUGGUGGUGCUGGAAUGAAUGCUGAAGAUCUCUUCGCUCAGUUCUUCGGCGGCGGCGGUGCAUUUGGCGGCAUGUUCGGCGGUGGCAUGCGUGAUCAAGGACCCAAGAAAGCCCGAACCAUCCACCAUGUUCACAAAGUCAGUCUAGAAGAUAUUUACAAGGGAAAGGUGUCGAAGCUGGCUCUGCAGAAGUCUGUCAUUUGCCCCGGCUGUGAUGGACGUGGUGGAAAAGAGGGCGCCGUCAAGCAAUGUACUGGCUGCAAUGGCUCGGGUAUGAAGACCAUGAUGCGUCAGAUGGGCCCUAUGAUUCAGCGUUUCCAGACCGUAUGUCCAGACUGCCAGGGCGAGGGUGAGAUCCUGCGCGAAAAGGACCGCUGCAAAAAGUGCAAUGGCAAGAAGACCAUCGUUGAAAGGAAAGUACUUCACGUUCAUGUUGACAAGGGUGUCAAGAAUGGACACAAGAUCGAGUUCCGAGGAGAGGGUGACCAAAUGCCCAAUGUCUUACCUGGAGACGUUGUAUUUGAAAUCGAGCAAAAGCCCCAUCCUCGAUUCCAGCGCAAAGAUGAUGACCUCUUCUACCACGCAGAAAUCGAUCUGCUCACUGCCUUGGCUGGUGGUACAAUCAAUAUUGAACACCUUGAUGACAGAUGGCUUUCCGUUAACGUCGCACCCGGCGAGCCCAUUACACCUGGUGCAAUCAAGAUGAUCAGAGGUCAAGGUAUGCCAUCGUUCCGGCAUCACGAUUUCGGCAAUUUGUACAUCCAGUUUGAUGUCAAGUUCCCACAAGCCUCAGAAUUGCAAAACUUGCAACUUCUUGAACAAGUUCUACCCAAACGCGCAGAACAACCACAGCCUCCAGAGGAUUCGAUGGUCGAGGACUUCGAAUUAGAAGAGGUGGAUCCAAGUCAGAGUGCGCGAGCCCAAGGAGCUGCUUAUGAGGAUGACGAUGAAGACGGAGUACCUCCGGGUGCGGAACGAGUACAAUGCGCUUCACAGUAG